AGCCGAAAUGUCAUUUUUGAAUAGUAAAACGACUGGUCGCUAUAGUUAAAAUGGGCCUUCUACAGUAAAUCCCAUGCAUUACCCAUAUUCCACCCAAAAAUAAGCUGGAUCUAUAAAUAUAUGUUUUUUUUUUUAUCAAUAAUGGAGGGAAAAUAUCGAUUGGGGUUGAAUCGAAGCCAAAACAAUGCAUUAUUGUGAAUUGUUUGACUGAAAUUUAGGUUUUAUUUGAGCGGAUUAGGGUUUUUCGAAUCGUGAUUUUGGUGGCUAUUCUUCAACAAUUUGAUCCAAUGCUUUUGCUGAAUGACCGUGGUAAUAAUGGAUUUUCAUCAAAAUCAGGCUGGUGAUUAUUCGUCCAAUGCAUGUUGGCUGUGAUCUGCUUGUUUUAAGUCGUUUCAGCCAGCCAUGGAAUGCUCGAGAAACUACCUCGAAAAGAGAAACCCACAUACCAGCAACUGAAAGACAAAGAAAACCCAUGAUAAUGAAUAACUUCACUUAGACAAGGCGGUGAGUGGGAAUGGAUGCAGUGCACAACCAUGGAAGUAAAAACCACGCGAAAACAUUUCUAGAGGCCGAAAAUAUAGAGGAAGACGAUGAGUGGGUUCUUCUCAGUCAAGGAAAAAUUUCUAGCAAUGAAGAAGAUAGAUUUGCUGAGUCUUCUGAUUCUUCUUCCUCUGAUUCAUCUUCUGAUGACCUCGAAUUGGGUUUCAGAGGGGAGCCAAAAAUGGGACAGAAAGUGAUUCUUGAGCCUUCACCAGCUAUUCCCGAGCCCGAUUGCAUGGCUGAUGGGCAUGGCUAUGAACGGCCCAUGCUCUUGCGACUGACUGAGGGAGGACAUAGAGCAUCUGUGAAAAAGGUUGGCGAUGACUCUACCCAAAUAAGUCGGACAAGUCAGAAGAAAUGGUAUUCAUGCAUCUGCUGCUGCCAAUUCUGCUUUGGAGAGGAUACUUUCAAGCAGGCCACUGAAAUCUCAGACCCAAUUCCAGAAACUUGAACAUCCUCUUAUGAUACUUCCUCCUCCUCAAGAGUUAUUAGCGGCAGAGACUCCAAUGAAAAGCUUCCUCUUCUUUGAAUCAUGGCAGUUUGAAAUGAUUUCACCUUCUUGGGGUGUGCCAGAAUUAGUAGUUGUCUCAAUAGCUCUCGCCUCCCUCUUCACCUCCGUCUUCUUCUUCCAUUGGCCACGACGGUAAACUAAGAAGCUUUCAUGGAGGAUUUCACUCUUUUUGGGAUCCGAUUCCAGGCUUUCUUUGUCAGUUUCUUGUAUUCCUCCAAAUUUCCUUGAGAUUGAGAAAGAAUGGGUAAGUGAUGCACAGUUUGUUUGAUGCUUUUUGAAACUCCCUUAAUCUCUGUCUCUGCAAAUCUUUACUUUCGGACCUGGCAGUUUUGUUCUUUCUUGUUCCAGAUCUAGUGACCAACCAAUUUGAGAGGGGAGAGAGAGGACAAUGUUCUUUCGAGCUCUCCUCUGUUAUGGUGCUAUUGGUAUGGUAUGACAAACUUUCCACAGAAUUCAUCUGUGCGCCAUUGCUGGAAUAUUGGACCUGCAGGUUCCUCUCAUACUUUCUGGCGAGUACAGGCUUUUCCGGUGGCUGAAUCCCUCUCCAAUCUCUCUUUGGGUGGCACCUCAUGUGGCCAAACGGAGUCUUCAUCGAGGGAAAUUUCUUGGUGCACAGAGCACACACUGGUUCUUGUUGGGUAUGCUUUGUUGUUUUCUCUAUUGUUGUGCUCUUUCUUUCUCCUCUCGUGCUCAUCUUUCAAACCUAUCUUAUCACUGUCAGUGAAACCUGCAAAAACACAAAACCAUCAAACUUCGAUUUGAGAAAAACCCAUACCACAAUACUUCGAUUAUAAAAGAACCGAUAUCAAAAAAAAAUGAUUCAGAAAGACGUAUUCAAGGAAAUUAUUAGAAAAAAUCUUGAUUAAAAAAGUACACAGACAAGGCAAAGAAUCUUGAUUAAGGAAAACAUUAGGAAAGAACCCAUAUAAUAAAACCUUGAUUAAAAAAGUACCCGUACAAGGAAAAUAUUCUUGAAAGAAGUAGCUCAAGAACCUGCAAAAACUUACCAUAA